AUGCAGUGGACUGUGCUGGCCCUGUGCACUGGUUCAGCAACUGGCCUGUACGUCCUGUAUUCCUGGCUACUUCCAGCUUUGCAGAGCAAUGCCUGGUGGGCACUCUUUUGGAAUGACAACAUCGUUGAGCGACUAAGGGACACGCUCACCCAAUCCACGUGACCUCAACGACUGCUGAACACAGUGCAGCAUAAGGCCACUCACGGAGAUCCCGAGAGUGUCAUCUCCGACAUCGACCACUUCUGCAAGCACUCCGAACAGGCCAUGAAUGUGGGAGAUGAGAAAGGCUCCAUUUUGGAUUUGGUGCUAAGCGAGGUGUACCCCAGCACGGCUCUGGAGCUUGGCACGCACUGCGGCUACUCCGGAGUAAGGAUCGUCCACCUGCUGCGCCCUGGCACCAGGCUCAUUACUGUUGAGCUGAACCCAGCUUAUGCCAGCAUCGCCCAGCAGGUCAUAGCCCAUGCUGGGCUGCAAGACAAGAUCACCCUAGAAGUGGGUUCUUCGAGUGACCUGAUCCCCAAAAUGAAAGACCACUUCGGCAUCACAUUAAAUUUAGUCUUUUUGGACCACUGGCAAGACCGUUACCUUCCUGAUAUCAAGUUGCUUGAGAACUGUGGCCUGCUCAGGGAGGGCUCCGUCCUGCUGGCAGACGGCAUCACCUGCCCUGGGACACCGGAUUACCUGGACUGCGUGAGGAACAGCCCUCAUUACGAGAGCCACUACCAUCAGUCCCACCUAGAGUACACCAGAGCGGAGGACGGGCUGGAGAAAUCAGUCUUCCUCAGAUAAAGGCAAGAUGGAGGAGAAAGUGUCCCACACAACAAAGAUAGCUCUACACUGGACAGUCAGAAGACAACCAAAUGUACUGACCAAAGGUCAGUUAUUUAAACCAGCAGGGGCAAAAAAGAAUGUGAGGUGUGGAAAUGUGCAAAAUGACAAGAAUAAGAUUUAGAUUUUUUUGGUAUGUUUAUAUAGGCAUAUAAAUAACUGUCCCAGGACACAGAUGUGGAGGGAACAUGCACAAGCCAUGCUGUGUGGCACUGGGUCCACAUGCUUUGUUGUUUGUUGUUUUUUUUUUUUUUAUUUUGAAAUUUACAGAAUUGAACAACUCC